GCCACGGGGAUGCAAGUUGUCCAAUUUUUUUCGCAUUACAACUAGUAGCCCGUGAAUCGUCAAAACGGAUUGUGCUUGAUUCUCUUUAGCAUAUCAAGUGACUUUAUACCAACGAUUGAGAAAAGUUUUGUAAGAAAUAGCUUUAUUCCCAGCCCUGCUUUGCCUUUUCUGGUGGCCUAAGUGUUGUUUUGAGUUUUUUUGUUGACAAGUGUUGGCGGCCAUAUUGCUGGCUUCCCACUCUUCAGUAGACGCCCAGAGCAUAUACAACACAGCAGCGGGGGCGGUGUGCCAACCACUCAUACACCAAGAAAAAAAAAGAAGCCGAAGAAAGAUCAAGAACAGUUUUGCUUCAUUGAUUGGAUCCACAAGUUGAAUGCAACAACGAAUCUCUCAGGAUUAGUUUCGUUUUUUGGCCUUAACUUUGUUCAUCAACUUCUUGUUUGUGCCUCAACAGCUUGUGUUGUUUUUUUUCUAUCCUGCUUCCCCAGACAGCCUCCAGUUUGACAUUUUGCACAUUGGCUAACAGUUUAGAUCUCGCGUUGUGAUUUGUCAUUGCUUUUUGGCCGUGUCCCAGACUUUUUGUCUGUUGAGGAAUCUGUUUCCACUGUGUUACACUUGUCAAUGUGUCAUUACAUGCUAUGGGUGCAGCCAUAGUGCCUAGUGGAUGAGUGAUAUCUCGAUGAAAGUAUGGAUAACACGCUGACCAGUUUGGAAGAGAGGUUGAACGAGCCGAACUGGUCCGGAUUCCAAGGAGGUGCGCCACAGCUGCAGUGGAUCCCUGCUCCGUCGCAAUACGGCACGUCGUCAAUCAACGGCGGCCUGAUUGGCGGCAGUAGUAACAACAGUAGUAAUAACGCCAGCCAUUCCAAUCCGCCGUCGCGGGUGGUGGUUAUCAACCGAGACGAUAGAGGGUUCGGUUUCGUCGUGGCCGGUGACAAUCCCGUCUUCGUUCAAACCGUUCGUGAAGGCGGAGCCGCUGAGCGAGCCGGCAUUUUUAAGGAUGAUAUUAUUAUCAAGGUUAACGGAUCGUGGGUGACCCAGUCGAACCACGCCGAGGUCGUCGAUUUGAUUAGAGCGGGUGGAUCGAGUGUUGCUCUCACUGUGAUAUCGCCCGUCUACGGAUCAAGCAACGGGUCCGGCGUCCCGACUCACUACAACUCGCCGUACGCUAUGCCUUCACUUCAUCCGUCGUCAAGUCCGUCGGGUUCGCAGGCACCUCCGCCUCCGCCACCACCUCCCAUCAUGACGACAACUCCGACGUCAAGAGGAUUGCAUCAUCAGCCUUCGAUGCGCGGCGGAAUCACUAGUCCACAGCCUGUCGGGCACGAACAACAGCGCGUCGUCGAGUUGGAGCGUCUCAACACGUUCAAGUUGAUGCUGGAGAAGGAAGCCCAGUUUGUGGAGACGAAGAGAGGUGAUUUGGCGCGCGGAUACAACCCUGCCGUAGCCAUCGAGUUGGCCAGCGCUGAAAAGCGCGUCCGAGAGCUUCAACAGAAAUACAACCAUAUGGCAAACCGACUUGGACUGCCCACCUCGGAAAGUCAACCGCUACUGUUGUCGUCGGCUCAACGCUCUCCGUCGCCGGCCCACCGUCCCCAAUCGGCUCAUUAUCCGGGUGGAGUAUCUGUAGGACGUUCUGGCAGUAGUGGCAGUGGAAGUCGGAUAUCCCAGCGACCACCUGGUGCCGUUGAAGGUGGCGGUUGGGACAAUUUAGGAUGCGACGUCCCUCCGCCAUUGCCAGCCCGUAAUCGCUCAUUGGUCUCGCACAAUUCAUCCCCGUUGAUCCUGUCCCCCAGUCCUGCUCCAACUCCUGGCGAGACACCCUCGUCACCGCCGCCCCCACUUCCACCCCGCAAUCCUUCCACGGCCUCGUCUUCCUCUUGUUCUUCCUCCUCUUCGUCAUCCUCCACAGCCAUGCCGGACUUAGUCCCGUCGGUAAACGGAGCCAGUAAUCAGGAUCAACAUCGAAUUCUGCUGCGCGAUUCGCCCACUAACCAACCUCCUUCGUCCAGCGCCGGCCGACCGAGUACAAGCCCGUUGCCUUCACAUCACCGCACAAAGUCAAGCCCGUUUCCUUUUCCAGUCCAGCCUGUUGCUGCCAGCGCGCCAGACACCCGUCGUUUCAGUUCAUCCGAUUCCAUUAGUGAGUUGGAUUUAUCGACCAGACGUGGUGGUGGUGUCAGUGGCAAAGACACGGAUUCCCCCACACACGGCACUCCUCCCGGCACACCUCCGCCGCCUUACAGGCGACCCGUCAGUCCUUUGGCCGAAGAUGGGAAUGGCAGUGAGACGGCGGCGACAGGCUCGUUUCCAGCUGCUCGUCAAGCGGCCUCGCCUUCCGGAGUCGUUUAUGCCGGACAAGAAACCCAGUUAAAUAUUCUGUCGAUGGAAGAGGAUGAAUUUUCUGAUCACGAAUCGGUCAAGGGACAGAUUGACGAUCACGGAGUAUUCAAAACCUUAGCAAAACUAUGGCAGCACAAUGCACACUUGGCCGUCUUCAUGAAUUUUGUCAUGUCUAACUGCGAUCCAGCCAGUUUGUUCUUCCAUUUGAUAACGGAUCUGUACAAAGAGGGCACUGCCAAGGAUAUGAAGAAGUGGGCUUAUGAGAUUCAUUCAACUUACCUCGUUCCUAAUGCGCCUUUGAAAUUAAACAAUGUCGACGAGCACGUCUUGCACGAAAUUGAUGACGCCUUACAAGUGGACAUUGACAAGGAGGAGAUCCUGAGAAAGGUGUUUUUGAAAGCGAGAUCGAAAGCCAAGGAGGAAUUGAAACGGCAUUUAGCCGAGUUUCUAAGUAAACGGACCGUCGGCUUGGCAACCAUAUUUGGUCCGAGCGACGCCGUUCUAGACGAGACGAUCCACGACAAGGCAAAAGAGGUUAAGAUCGUAGAGAGCCUCCUCCUACCUCGGCUAGAGUUGUUGGCGGAGGAUUUGGAGAAUUCCAAUGAUCGAAACCAGGCCAUUGCCUCUUCGUUGGCCACAGUUUUGCAAAAAAACUUUAAUGUCAAGGGGCCACAAGCAACCAGUCAGAUCGAGCGUUGUCCCACAUUUGUGGCAAAGGAAAAAUCAAUCAAGCCCAAAUUCCUCAGUAAAAACAAGAAGCAACUGACUGCCAAGGGCCAUCACUUUGUGGCCCACCAGUAUUUCAGCGUGACACUCUGCAAUCACUGUGGCAACGUCUUGUGGGGCACCAGUCCCCAGGGAUACCAAUGCACAAAUUGCGAGAUGAACAUCCACAAAGGAUGCGUCAAGGUAAUCGAGGAGAGCUGUAUCGGGGCUCUACAUCGCAAGGAUCGUGGUAACGAUCGCAUCAGCAAGAUUGUCGAUCGCUUUCGUCCUGAAAGGGAACUAAAGAGAAAGUUGACCACCCAAGGAUUCGGCGAUAAAAAUUUACGCCGCGCCGACGACUCCCUAGAAGCGUCUGCUACCGGAUCGCUGGAUUCUGAAUCGUCAACAGCAGGUGACAAGCAGAGCGGAUUGGGAUCUAACGGCCGAUCGUUCAAUGACGGCUCGAGAGAUGGAGCACGUGAUCGACGUUCGGGAACUGGAUCGGGAUCCGAUUCGUUUGGAGAGGCUGACAGACGGGCCGGUUACACACCACCGUACGAAGAGGAGCUCGACAGUUCCGGCGCAUCCAACUUCAGUAAAAAGAAAGUCAGCCGUUCGGAGAGUCUGCGUGAACGGGCGCAGAGGAAACAUCGGGAAAAGCGGAAACAUAGCGACCCGAAUCUUCCACCAUCCCAUUCCAGUGACAUGGAUCGAGAAGACCGGAGCCUAUCCAACAACAACUCUGGCAGUUCGUCCAAUUCGAGUCUCUCCACAAGUUUGGAGAGUCCCAGUCCAUCCGACAUCCGCAUUUCGGGUUCCGCCUUAUCAGAUGGAUCGUCAGGGGUAUCUGCCGCCUUGUCCGUGGCCUCAUGCAACGCCGGCGGAUUGCUCACGCCCUGGGACAGUGACCUCGAAGCGGAUCCUGAUCCGCCGGAUUGGACGCGCAAUUUGGAUCCUGACGUUGUAGACAAGAUGACGCCCAAAGAGAAACAACGGCAGGAAGUCGUCAAUGAGCUCUUCCAUACCGAACGGAGUCACGUUCGUAACCUAAAGGUCCUGGACCGGGUGUUCUACCGCCCGCUACUCGACAACGGCUUCAGCGAUCUUGUUAAUCUGCUCUUCCCCAAUUUGCCCGACAUGUUGGAAAUCCACGGACGUUUCAACACACUCAUGAAAGCCCGCAAAAGAGACCAGCCGGCCGUUGAAACUGUUGGCGAUAUCCUGGUUGCCAUGUUUGACGGACCCAAUGGCGAAGCGUUCCAGCAAGCUGCCGCCACCUUCUGCAAGUACCAGUCAGUUGCUUUGGAGAGUUUAAGGGACAGACGCAAGAAAGACUCUAAACUCCAGGCAUUUUUGGCUGAAGCCGAAGGCAAUCCCGUUUGUCGGCGACUUCAGUUGAAAGAUAUCAUCCCGACAGCCAUGCAGCGGUUAACUAAAUAUCCGCUCUUGCUGGAAAGCCUGGCCAAGUACACGCAGCCGCGCAGUGAAGAAAUGACGUUGGUGCGCAGGUGUUUGGAACGGUCUCGCGAAAUCCUCAAUAAAGUCAACCAAGCCAUUAAGGAGGCUGAAAACUACAACCGGCUGGUGGAUAUCCAACGUCGACUGGACAAGUCGGCGUUUGAGAAAUCCGACCACGCCAUAGCUAAUGAACUCAAGGGUUUCUUGGUAUUUCAGAACUUUGAGUUGACAAAGCACCGUCUGAUCUACGAGGGCGCCCUGACGUGGAGGACAAAAGGACAGAAGAAUGUCGAUCUUCACGUCGUCCUCCUGGAGGAGUACAUCCUCUUGCUCCAGAAGCAAGACGACAAGUACGUGCUGAAAUUCCACAGCAUCAACUACCUGAACUCCAAGGAGGAAUCCAAGUGUACACACAGUCCUAUCAUCAAAAUCGCUACAGUUCUCGUUCGGCCGGUGGCUACAGACAAACUUGCUCUGUAUUUGGUCAACACGUCGCCGACAGGAGCUCAGAUUUACGAUCUUGUGGCAGUCUCCAUCGCCGAGAGAAAAGCAUGGUUUCGCCACAUCACUGACGCCACGGAAGCGUACAAAGCACGAGAAGGUCGCAACAGGCGACCGGAUGGAAGCGGGAGUGGCUCUUCCCCGUCGAUGGGAAGCGCCACCCCCAGCCUCAGUUCCUCUUCCAGUUCCGCUCAACUUUUACCGCCACUGCCACAGGCCGCCGAUUCAUCGGAAAAAACCAGUGAGGAGCCGAUCGAGGACAACGUGUCGGCCGAUUCCGGCGUCAGUUUGACGCCCAGUACCAACGAAACUCAGCCGCCGCCAAGCGAGCCAGCGAGUGAACAGCCGCCGCCGCCGCCGCCGCAGCAGCAGCAAUCUCAGCCAACCAACUUGGAGGCGGCCCAAGCCGAAGCCUCUAAGAAACCAGGUGAGAGCGGGACGACGACUCCGGGUAGCGGUUCAACGGCGGCCUCACCGGCGCCACAGCGACGCCUUCAAAGAGUCGAAAUUCUGAAAAUAGCCGAAGGAACGCCGUUAAUCGAUCCCACUGAGGUGGUAGUCUCUCAAGGAGCCGUUCUCAUCGCCGAACCUGUCCUCACUCCAUUAGAAAAGCUGCGGAGAAAAGAUCAGAUGAUCCGAGCUGCUCUGGCGGACAAACAAAGACUCGUGGCCGACAUUCUGCACGUUCCGCACUCUGAGCUGGAUCCAGCAUCAUCCGAGUUGCUGAGCGAAUCGGAAGGCGAGAAAGAAGCUCGAUUGCUAGUCAUGACGGCCAUAGCUCAAGCCACCCAACUCUCAGCUGUACUGAACGACAGUUUGCACGUCACCGAAGAGGAAGCCAUUGCUGCUGUCUCGGCGGAUCCCACGCCAGUCACAUCAUCACCAUCAUCGCCACGCUCAGCUCGACGGAUCAAUCGAAUGCCGGGCGCUGCAACUACCAAAUUGCUCGCCAUCACGUCCGCUCUCAAUAAGGACCUGACACAGCUCCUGGGUAUCGUCACGAAUCGAGACGAGGAACGCGAUCAGUUGCGCCGUGAAUUACAGAAGACACGCGAUCAGUUGGCUGAACAGUUGGUACUGCAAGUCGUAUCCCAUCCUACGUCCACUUCACGUCCGGUCAGCCACGUUUCCUUAUCGGACUGUGAGGCGACGAUAGAAUCCGAACAGUCAGAGGGCGCCCCUGCGUCUCCGGAAGUCGACAUCCAAGUACCCAGUGGAUGCGAAGGAGAAUCAAAUGAUGGGAACGAGUCACUAGUCGACAAAUCGAUAGUUCCAGUUGAAGCUGAAACGACGUCGCCAGUCACUUCGCCUUUUGACGAGGUUGACAGCGCAAUAAACUCGAACCAGACUUUGAGCGAGGAAGUAGUCGAAAGGAUCGACAUUGGCGAGAAAACAGAAUUGGAAGUUUCCCAGAGUAGUGAAGCUUGAAAAACAUCAUUAUUUUUUCAACAGCUACCAAGAAAAUAAUAAGAAUUUAUCUUCCCAAGUACAUUGUUUUAAGUGGCAUGAAAAAAGCAAAAAAAAAAAAAAAAAAAAAAAAAAAGAAGCAAAAAAAACGAAAUAUUCACUUCCAUCUUCUUUCGAUGACCUCAUUCCGCCAUUGAGCGACCUUUGUACAUAUGACGCCAAGAUUCGCUUAAAGUGCAAAAAUUUCAAAAACAAUAAGAGCAUGGAUUUUUUUUUCCUCCCCCACACACCCCAUACCCUACCCUCCCAGUUGUGAAGAUGUAUUGAAAGAAACGAAAAAUCAAUAAUUAACACGGUGGACGAUUGUUUAACGUGCCAAUCAAGACAUGGAGUCAGUCGGAUCCUGGCGCUAAGGCCGAUCUCUAUUGCAUUCUUUUUUUUCUGUUUUGUUUUAUUUUGUUCCUUAUUUUUCAAAGCUUUCUUCGGCGACUAGCGAACCUCUGGACUCGAAGAAUUUUUCCCCCUCUUUUUUUCCCUGUACAUCUCUCGAUUCGAUGCAGUCGUAUGUCUCUUUAUUCCUCCUUCUUCUUUGUUGUGAAUUGCAAAACCAACUGAUCUAUACCUUAACUUGCAGGAUUGGUUCAUAACAAAUAUACGCGGAGAAGGCAGAAAAAGUUUGUUGUAUCAAAAGACGUGUAGGAGAGAGAUUGAGAGGAACAAAACAAGAGAAUUAUGGCAAGCAACCCUAUAUUCGUCUCAAUGGAAAUAUUUUUAGAAAGUAGAUUCAAAUUGCGAAAGUGGCGCUAGAGACUUAACUUACUUGAUGUAACAACGAGAGAGAUUUGAAAUGCAUAGGAUCAAAUUUAUUUUUCGCGCGAUGGCUCUUUUUUUUUUUGAAAUUUGACUUCCCUUCUUGAUUUUAUAAUUAAAAAAAUAAGAACGUCUUCACUUGUCCCUCCUUCCUGCCAAUUUUGUCUGUGCUCUUGAUUUCCCCCAUCUCUGUCCAAAAUAUCACCCGUUUUGUUUUGUUGUACCGCAGAACUCUUUAAUUAUUAAGGAAACUCCUUUAGGUUUUCUCACCAUUCAUGCAAUACACUUGAAAUAUAUUGA